AAAGUGAAAACUCAGAUAUACAGUGAAGUAAAGUUGGUAUGAAAUGAUGUGAUGAAUUUGAACUAGCAACUUCACCUAACAACAACUGAGUGAUAUUCACUGAUACGCAGAAAUGGCGUCGUGAAAGCACAUGCAACACUCUGCGUACUACUCAUGCUUCCAUUCGAGCUCAUCAUCGAAAUCCUCACUCGUCUCCCACUCACCACCCUCCUCCGAUUCCGUUCCGUAUGCAAGUCAUGGAAUUCCCUCAUUACCGAUCCCUCUUUCGCCCUCAACCAUCUCCAUGCAACCUCCACCCGCCGCCUCAUCUUCACGCGCCCCGCUGAUCCUUAUUUCACCGAUUACUCUCUCUCCUCCGCCUUCGCCUCCACCUCCGCCGCCGCAACUCGCCUCUUCCCUUCCGCUGUCCCCGGCUCCCACUUCCACCACUCCAUAGUCGGAUCCUGUAACGGCCUCCUCUGUCUCUUCACCGUUUCCAGAAAUCUCCUUCUCUGGAAUCCGUCCACCGGAAAGUUCAGAAACUUGCCGUCGUUGGAAGAUCAACGCUUCUCCGUCGUUACCUCGGGAUUCGGCUACGAUCACGUGACUCACAGUUACAAGGUGGUGGUUGUUCUUUACAUUAAGAAUCAUGAAUUCGACUCUAGGGUUCAUACUUUGGGAUCUGAUUCGUGGAGAAGGAUUCAGCACUUUCCUCUCAGCAGCACUGCGUGUUGUCCUGGAAGAUUCGUGAGCGGCAUGCUUAAUUGGUUGGAUAAGAAUCGGUUCAUUGUUUCUCUCGAUUUGGCAUUGGAGUCGUAUCGACGAAUUUCGCUUCCUGAUUUCGGAGGUAACAAUACUGAUGAGUUUGAAUUGACAUUAGAGGUCUUCAAGAACAGUUUAUGUGUUCUCUCAUGCUGUAGCCAUUUCACUGAUGUUUGGAUCAUGAAGGAUUAUGGAAUUGCAGAGUCUUGGACUAAGCUGUUGUGUGUGCCUGAUUUGAUAUAUUAUCCUGAAUUCCUUGGAUUCGAUUUCAAUGUUCCGCGCGCCACGAGGGCGAUUUGUAUUUCCGACGAAGAUGAUGAGAUACUAUUGGAGCUGUGGUUGGACAUGGAGCAGAAGUUUGUUGUCUACAAUUUCAGUGAUGACAGUUUUAGGCCUGCUGGCAUCGAGAAAUUCGGCGGCCGCGUGGCCUCGGAGGUUUGUGAGAAUUACUGAAAGCAACGUCACUGGUAUGCUUGUUUGAUUUAGCCUUGAAGAAAUUAUAUUACUUUGUCAUGGUUAUUAACUUAUACUCUAUUAUUAUAUGGAGUAUCAGUAUCCCAUAGAGUCCAAAAUCUGUUAACCAAUUCUAUUAGUGUGAGUAUAUAGAUAGAUAGGCUCUCUUAUUACUAGCUUUUGUAUUCAUCUUCAAUUGAUCUAUGAAAUCAUAGAUGAUAUUCAGUCAUUACAAUAUGUUUAAUUUCUAAUGUAUUUUUGAUAAUGUAACAAUAUUUUCACAACUUUAAACCUUAGUCUAAAAUAAAAUGGAAAGACAUUAAAGAGGGAAAAAUGAUCACAAAAGGAGAGUUACACUUAGUAUGUGUAAGAAGAGCGAUAUAGUUUGACCAAAAGCUAUCCAUAGCUAUGGUCUAUGGAUUCAAUAGCUUACAUAUUAAGAGAGCAACAGAAUAUUUCUGGCCCUAUCUCCAACCAUGUAACUGAAACACCCAUGAGUCCUAAAAAGAGGUGUGCUAAUAUACAGUAGUAAGAUUUUAUAUAUAUAUAUGCAAAUAAAUGAUUACUUCUUGAAGCAUAAAACGAACAUACCUGCAAUAAC